CUAGUGACUGAUUUCAGGUUACGGCAGAUAUAAUGAUUCCUGAUGCUACGAGAUUACAGGCCGUUUUGUUUUCUUGUUGAGACAUUGGAAAUGCAGACCAUGCCGGGGCGCCUUGGGAAUUAAAGCCGUUGCCUGAUAGUCCCACCCACCGCCAUAAUCAGAGGGCGAUUUUAAGAAAUCGAUCUAUGCUUAUGGAAAUAUAAAAUAGUAAAUGUUAAGACUGAAAUUAUUGCAAGGGGAAGGUAUACAUUUAAAACUAUUUGAAAGGAUUUAUCUACUAGGAAAAUCACAUUGAUAUUGAGUAGGUUGAAGUUGAUUGUUUUUUUUUUUUUCUUCUUUGCAUUUUACUAGUGAUCAGAAGUGAUUAAUCACCAAACUAUAAAAGCCAGACCCUUUCAAGUUGUAUAAAGACUAUCCUAUACCAGAUAAAAAGAAAGGAUUUUUUUUAUCAAAAAAAAUUUUGGAGCAGAGUAUCACAUCUUUAAGGUGAGGGUAAGCUAUUAAUCCAUAAACAGAUUUACGAUUACAGUUCGCCUACCAAUAAAGGCCGGGAAGGAUUGAAUUUAGAUGUUUUGUAGUUAGAAUUUAAACCUUAAUCACUGAGAUAAUCCAUUAUUGGAAAACAAAAAAUGAAAAAGAUUAUAUCUAUCUAAUAGAUCACUUCCUGGAUCAUGAUAUGAUGUGAUGCCUGAUCCUAUUCAUCAACACCCUGUGAGAAACGAAAGAAAUUAAAAAGAAACCAACAGGGAAUCCAGCUGGCCCUUUCAUGAUUAAAUUCUUGUACUUAGAAACCUUAGGUCCACCCCCUUUGAGCAAAACGGAAAAGGUUAGAAAAAAAGAAAGCAAACUGCCUUGUUGAUCUACCUAACGAUGUCAACAUAAGUUUCCAACUCUCUUUUUCACUUUCACUUUCACUUUAAUCGAUUUGAUUACUUCAACAUGCAACUUCAUUGGCACUUAUGAUCUUGACCAAAAUUUCACUUUUGGGGGAAUCCAAUUUGGCAUCUUUGGUUUAGAUUUGAUCCUUAAAAAAUGAAACUAACUACUAAAAGUUAAACCCUCUUGAGUCCUUGAAUAGAAAAAAAAAAAGUAAAAAACCUCUACAACUGAAUCUUUGCAAUUUCAAUAACAUCUAUGACCUAUACAUUAUUCUAAUUUUAUCUGUAAAUAUACACUGAAGAUAAGCUUUGAACAAUUUUAGUUAGUAAAAAUUAUCUUACUCUCAUCACCGUCAUUGUCCAACUCAAUUUCAGUUUUUUUUUUCUUAAAUAAGACAAGAGAUAAGGGAAUUUUUUUCUUAUAGUGGGUCAAUAUUCUUGGGAAAAAGAAAAUGAAAUGACAGAUUGAAAUGUAAAGAAAAUGUUAAAGGAUUGAGUGGUAAGGAAUUGCUUAAUAGCGGACAAAAUGAUAGCAAAAGUGACCAGGUCAUUCCUAUCAAUCAUCUAUAAAUCUGCUUUGAUGUGUUUGCCCGCAAUUCACUGCAGCCCACAUUUGUUUCUCCCUUUUUAGUUACCACUUUGCCUAUUAAAUAAACCAUAAGGAGAGAAUCAAAUUGAAGAACAGAAGAGAAAGGAAGGCAGAAACAAGAAAAUAAAAAGAAAAUAAACAAAAAUCAUAGUAAGGUUGCUCUCUUGUCAUCUGCCUCUUUGAUCUUCCCAAAGGUUAGUGAUCAGUUGAAGUACAUAUAGAAUUGGAAGCAAAAAUGGCAUCCUUUGCAGGGACUCAGCAAAAAUGCAUGGCAUGCGACAAGACUGUCUACUUGGUUGAUAAGCUGACGGCUGAUAACCGGGUUUACCACAAGGCCUGCUUUCGAUGCCACCAUUGCAAUGGUACUCUGAAGCUUGGCAACUUCAACUCUUUUGAGGGGGUGCUGUACUGCAGGCCUCACUAUGAUCAACAAUUCAAGAGAACUGGCAGUCUAGACAAGAGUUUUGAAGGAACUCCAAAGAUUGUCAAGCCUGAAAAACACAUAGAAAAUGAGAAUGCACAGAAAGUGGUGAACUUGUUCGGUGGCACCAGAGAAAAAUGUGUGGGCUGUAAUAAGACUGUCUAUCCAAUUGAGAAGGUUACGGUUAAUGGGACAGCAUACCACAAGAGAUGCUUCAAGUGCACCCAUGGAGGUUGCACCAUUAGUCCAUCAAACUACAUUGCACAUGAAGGAAAACUCUACUGCAAACAUCACCACAUCCAACUCGUCAAGGAGAAAGGAAACUACAGCCAGCUUGAGACUGACAGCGAGAAAAAUAAUCCCAUGACUGAGAAACUUACGUCCAUGGAAAUUUGCUGCUGAACCAUCCAUGUCAUUUCUGUGUGUAAAGAUGAGAUUUAAUAAUGUGCCAUUGGGUUAAUUUUUCUAACUGCAGUGAAGUGAGCUUUUGAAAAUAAGAACAGUCAUUGUUUCAGCAUUUGUUUAAGAAAGUUUAAAAAGAUUUUCUGUGGCUUGAAUAAUGGAAUUUUAUUUGCAGGUUUUCCUUUGCUGGUUUUGAAUCAUUCCAAUAACCUGCAAAAAUGAAAAUCAAUUACCUUGAUUAAACCCCCGAUAUGUCACUGAUGGCAGUGCCAUCGUUAACCUGUCAAAAAUCAAAAUAAUACAAGGCUGUUUCUACAGUCAUAAAAGCAACUAUAAUGGCUGAUAAAGUAUUUUAACUGAAAUAAUUGAAGUAACAUGAGGUCUGACAACAUGUUCACAGUUUUGUACUACGUUGAUAUUAACAUUAAUCCUAUCUAAUGAUACUUCAAAAAGAAAAUCUUAUAGUAAUAUU